GACCGUGUUGAACUCUUAUUUUCUGCUAAAAUACGAUGCAAUUUCUUAGGAAACUGUAAACAUUUCUACGAUGAUUUGCUCUUCCUGUACAAAAUUAUGUUUUUAUUCAGUGUUAUACUGCUGCACAUUACUCUUUGCACAGGGAAACAAAUUCCCUUCUGCAACUGCCAGAAGAAAGAAAUAUAUUGCAGAAAUCUGAUAGAUUUCGAUGCAGCAAAAGUACAGAUAUUGUCGGCUAAGGAAAAUUGCGAUGUAUCAAAAUUCCAGUUGGUGAAUAGCCGCCUUUUCGCUUUACCAAAUGAAGCCUUUGAUGGAACAAACUUCUUGGAAAUGAAAUUGGUCAAUACUUUCCUACCUUUCUUAACACCACCGCUUGAAGAAAAGCCAUUUCUGGGAGGAAAGGAUGUCACAGAAAUUACUUUAAAAGAGGUUCAGUAUCCAUAUAACUGGGACUGGAGUGUUAUGAAUAUUUGUCAGAGGCUGAAAGUGUUACGUAUCCUUAAAAGCAACAUGCUGUAUAUUGGACCCACAUUUCAAAUGAUGAACAUUGCAUCUUUACGGGUUCUAGUAAUUGAAAACUCUCGAGUGAAAUGGAUCCACGAUAAAGCAUUUUCUUCUUUUAAAAAACUUUCAUACUUUCAUCUGAUUGACAAUCAUAUACAGACAUUUAAAAGAAGUUUUUUGCCAAAUCCAGCAGAAAAUUUAAAUGUCAUUAACCUGAAAAAUAAUGCUCUGGAUCAUAUAGAAGAAGAUUUCUUUGAAAAUAUGCCCGAAUUAACUUACGUGAAUUUACAGAAAAAUAAUUUUGCCACUUUAUCAGAAUUUAAAGAAAACUCAUUUUUUAUCGACAUUUCAGGUAAUCCACUUCGCUGUGACUGUUCCAUCAAAUGGCUGCAGAAGAGCGCUAACAUCACCGAUGUGUAUCGCAUUCAUUGCAUCCUUCCUGGAAGUGAUCAUAAAAAAGUUCUGUUUCGUCAUGUUGAUUGGCAUGAAAUAGAUUGCUGAGCACCUUCUCAAAUGCUUAAUACAGGGAUCAACAGCAGAUGCUGGAAAGCUGCUUUUCUUUUGUUUGUUGCAAAUAAAUUUUCACUUUUAA